UCCUCGCGAUAGUGAGGCUGCUGCUGCUGCUGCUACAGCUCUGUCGUAGGUCGUGACGUAGCCGGCGAGAUUGAUUCUCAGCUGGUUGGCUCACUCGCCAACAUUUUCAUCGUCGCCACGCGACCAGCUGCACACAACCAUCCCACCGCAGACACCAUGAACAACGACCGCUCAGCUGUUUUGCCUGCCUCCACGCAGCAAGUUAUCCUGAACACGGGCAACAUUCUAGGCUGCAAGGACCUGACGAAAAAAGUGUUUCAGUCUCUCAGAGAGGAGCUCAUACAAAGCCUGACACUGGCUCUUGCCAAGUGGAAAUCGUCUGGCAACGAUGUCAAUUGUUCUGUGCACCCAGAAAAUGAGGAAAUAACGUGGAUGACAGAAGCGUCCUACGUUGACUGUAGUACUGUGAUGUCAGUCUUCUACGUAGAUGACUCUGAUCUGACGUCAUCAACGAUUUACCCUGUACAGAGGGACCCUGGACCCUGGACAGAGGGACUGGACGCCGCACAGCGCCUCGACGUGCAGGUUCUCAUUGAGCAGCAGUUCCCCGACAUUCUGGCACUGUUUUUCCUUACACAUGCCAUCAAAGAAAGGUCAACCCUCAAAAUCACAGUGAAGGUCUUUCUAAGCGACUUUGAUGCAGCAGCCUUGGAAUCUGCUACACGCAAAGUGCUGGAGGAGCUUGGUGUGUCAGAGCUGGACUCACUCAUUGUGGCUUUCCCGCCAAGUGCAAAGUCCAGCACUGAAAAGGUGCGCCCUCUAUGGGCUGCCGCGGAGCAGAUCUACCGCGAGGGCCUGGCGCUCUCGGUCGGGGUUAGUGACCUGGACACAGCACAGCUGCGAGAUCUUCACUCAUGGGCUGAGGUGAAACCAAGCGUGAACCAGGUGAACCUCGAUUCAUGCUGCGUCAUACCCCAGGAGAUGCAGGAAUUUGCCAAGGCCAACAACAUUCAGCUCCUGACACACAGUGACCCAAAAGUUCUGCUUGACCAUGAAGGCAUGGCUCGUGUCCUCAAGGGCUACAUGGCCGAGGAGGACAUCCGCCAUUGGUCUGCACCAUGGGUGGCCCGCUAUUCGGUGCUCGUCAAGUGCCGAGGCUUUCUGCAGAGCAAAGGCUACAUUGCCAGCCUCGUCAAGGAGCCGUAGUAAUCGGAAAGUCCCGUCAAGCCACAGGGAUGAGACUGGACUAUGUAUGAGGAAAUGGAGAUGCUGUACAAGCAAUUUUUGGAUCAAAAGUUCAGGAGACUGUGCAACCCUACCCUGAGCUUUCACGAGAAAGGCUUGGCUUGGAAGGGAAACUUCUCUGCUGAUGCAGCGUAUGUACGUGUUAAAGAAAGAGACAGAAAAUUAAGAAUGCGGAUAGGAAGG